GCGGCGGCGGCUUCCGGUGGUCCGGAGGGAAGGGAGACAUCAAAAAAGCAGAGACUGACCCUGCAUGAAGAUUUUAUUUCAAAGAGCUUGAUAAGAAAGAAGUUCAUGAAGGCAGUACUCUGUAUGGUUUGGCCACCAUGUCUGGAAUUGGCAAUAAACGGACAGCUGGAGAGCCUGGCCCAUCUGCACCUCCAGAGAAGAAGGCAGGGCUUGAAGAUCCAGGAACCACAGUGGAGACCAUUAAGCUUGGUGGCGUUUCCUCAACGGAGGAGAUGGACAUCCGGGCCUUACAGGCCAAGAACCGGAAACUAGCAGAGAUGCUGGACCAACGACAAGCCAUUGAAGAUGAGUUGCGUGAGCACAUUGAAAAGCUGGAGCGUCGGCAGGCCACUGAUGAUGCGUCUCUGCUAAUUAUCAACCGAUACUGGAAUCAGUUUGAUGAAAAUAUACGCAUCAUCCUUAAACGCUUCGACCUGGACCAAGGUCUUGGAGAUCUUUUGACGGAAAGAAAAGCAUUGGUGGUACCAGAACCUGAACCAGAUUCAGACAGUAAUCAGGAGCGCAAAGAUGAGAGGGAACGAGGGGAAGGACUGGAGCCAGCAUUCUCCUUCUUAGCCACUCUAGCCAGCAGCACGAGUGAGGAGAUAGAAUCUCAGCUGCAGGAGCGUGUAGAAUCUUCCCGUCGUGCUGUUGCCCAGAUCGUGACAAUGUAUGACAAGCUGCAGGAGAAAGUCGAUGUGCUGUCCCACAAGGUGAACAGUGGAGAUAUUUCAUUGAUGGAAGAAGCAGUUCUGGAACUCAGUACUUACCUCUCACAUGAGAAUGGACGGCUACAGGAGCUGGCUGAUGUUCUUCAGGAGAAGCACCGACUCAUGUCUCAGGAGUUUUCAAAGCUGCAGGAGAGAGUGGAGACAGCAGAAUCUCGAGUGUCUGUUCUGGAGACUAUGAUCGAUGACCUUCAGUGGGAUAUUGACAAGAUACGCAAGAGGGAGCAGAGGCUCAACCGACACUUAGCAGAUGUUCUUGAACGUGUAAACUCCAAAGGCUACAAGGUCUAUGGAGCUGGGAGCAGCCUCUAUGGAGGCACAAUCACCAUUAAUGCCCGCAAGUUUGAGGAGAUGAAUGCAGAGCUGGAAGAGAAUAAAGAGCUUGCUGGCAAUCGCCUCAAUGAGUUGGAGGAACUACGCCAGGAUCUUGCAGAAGUGACAGCACAGAAUGAAAAACUCAAGGUUGAGCUGCGACGAGCAGUGGAAGAGGCUGUGAAGGAGACCCCAGAGUAUCGCUGCAUGCAGUCCCAGUUUUCUGUUCUGUAUAAUGAGAGCCUCCAGCUGAAGGCACAUCUUGAUGAGGCCCGCACUCUGCUUCAUGGUACCCGCACCACACACCAGCGCCAGGUGGAACUAAUUGAGAGGGAUGAGGUCAGCCUUCACAAGAAACUGCGCACAGAGGUGAUUCAGCUAGAGGACACCCUUGCACAAGUCCGCAAAGAGUAUGAGAUGCUGAGGAUAGAGUUCGAGCAGACACUUGCUGCCAAUGAGCAAGCAGGCCCGAUUAAUCGGGAGAUGCGUCAUCUCAUCAGCAGCCUCCAAAAUCACAACCACCAGCUGAAGGGAGAGGUGCUAAGAUACAAGCGCAAACUGAGAGAGGCCCAGUCUGACUUGAGCAAGAUCCGCUCUCGCAGUGGCAGUGCUGUCUUACAGUCCCAGUCCAGCACUGAAGACACAAAGGAGGAACCUCCAGAGAUCAAGCCGGAACCUGAUGAUCCUUCCUCCCAAGUGUCUGUACCUAAGGCUGCUUCUGAAGAUGUUAAUGAGAUGAAGGCUAGGCGAGAUGAGGAAGAGCGUGAGCGAGAGAGACGGGAGAGGGAGAGGGAACGAGAGAAGGAAAAGGAGAAAGAGAGAGAGCGAGAGAAAGAAAAAGAAAAGGAAAAGGAGCGAGAGCGGGAAAAGCAGAAGCAGAAAGAAUCUGAGAAGGAGAGGGAGUCCAAAGAGAAGGAGAAAGGGAAGCAUGAAGAUGGAAGAAAGAAGGAGACUGAAGCGAUCAAGCAACUGAAGGCUGAACUCAAGAAGGCCCAGGAGAGCCAGAAAGAGAUGAAGCUGUUGUUAGAUAUGUACCGCUCUGCCCCCAAAGAGCAAAGGGACAAAGUACAGCUAAUGGCAGCUGAGAAGAAGGCAAAAGCUGAGCUGGAAGAACUGAGGCAGAGGGUGAAAGAACUGGAAGACAAGGAGAAGAAGGAGAGUAAAAAAAUGGCCGAUGAAGAUGCCCUCCGCAAGAUCCGAGCAGUGGAAGAACAAAUUGAGUAUUUACAGAAGAAACUAGCCAUGGCUAAGCAGGAAGAGGAGGCCCUGCUGUCAGAAAUGGAUGUCACAGGACAAGCCUUUGAAGACAUGCAGGAGCAGAACAUCCGCUUGAUGCAACAGCUGCGGGAGAAGGAUGAUGCUAAUUUCAAGCUCAUGUCAGAACGUAUAAAGUCCAAUCAGAUCCACAAACUGUUGAAAGAAGAGAAGGAAGAGCUGGCAGACCAAGUUCUGACACUGAAGACACAGGUGGAUGCCCAGCUGCAAGUUGUACGUAAGCUGGAGGAGAAGGAACACUUGCUGCAAAGCAGUAUUGGGACGGGUGAAAAAGAACUAGGCCUUCGAACACAGGCUCUGGAAAUGAACAAACGCAAGGCCAUGGAUGCAGCACAGCUUGCAGAUGAACUGAAAGCCCAGCUAGAGCUGGCUCAGAAGAAGUUGCAUGACUUCCAGGAUGAGAUUGUGGAAAACAGAGUAACUAGAGAGAAAGAGAUGUUCAACUUCAAAAGAGCUGAGGAAGAUAUUUCUAGGUUACGCAGGAAGCUGGAGACCACUAAAAAACCUGACAUGGUUCCCAACUGUGAUGAGAUACUGAUGGAAGAAAUCAAGGAUUACAAAGCCCGUCUGACCUGCCCAUGCUGUAACAUGCGCAAGAAGGAUGCAGUGCUCACAAAGUGCUUCCACGUCUUCUGCUUCGAGUGUGUCAAAACACGCUACGACACCCGGCAGCGUAAGUGCCCCAAGUGCAACGCAGCCUUUGGUGCCAACGACUUCCACAGGAUCUACAUCGGUUGAUUCUUUCCACUGGAGAGAUGGAAAGUUGCUGCUUACGCUGACCACCCAGCCACCCUCGCUUGUGUGACUGUAGCUUUUGGGGUAGUCAGUGCUUCUGUAAGGUGAUCUUCAGUCUCCUCUGGAAGUGUGGUUAGGGUGAAAGUGAGUCUGGAUUCUUGGUUCCUUUUUCAUCCCUUUUCUUUUUCACUCAAUUUUUGUGGAUUCUUUGUGCCUGAAAGGACAUUUCCCGUCUGUCACUUUUAACACUGCCAAGUUUGGAACAUCUAACCAAAGUCCCACCUUGAUGGGAUGGAAGCUGUGGUGCAGCAGAAGUAAAUGAGGGCUUUAUCUGAGGAGUUUGCUUUGGGUGGUGCUUAUCAAAUCCCAUCAAGAUAGGAUAGUGUUUCUGAGAGUGAAUAAUUUCCCAACUAAAGAGCCAAAGACUUCAGUGGAGCGACUCCUUAGACAUGUAUCUUCCUGAGUCAGGACAAGAAUCUGUGAAGGCACAUUAGUAAACAUCUUCCUUACCCUCAAAAGCAAAGGCACAUCUUAGUAUCCGUAAGAGGAGAAAGAUAAGGUAUUGGGGAAUCUUUGGAAACAACAUUCCACUAAUGAACCCUGCUUGAUGUGGACAUCUUCCCCUAGAUUGAGGCUUUGCUGUCAUUGUCUUUAGUCUCCAAACAAGAACUUUAGGAGUUUGUUGCGACAUUGCCACAAAGGCUAAUCUUGUAAUGCAGAAGUCUAAUAAAAGCUGUUACUUGGGUUAAUUUUCUGUUUUUUUCACAGAAACACAGAAACAUCGUGGUGGGAAAAGACCCUCAGGAUCACCAAGUCAAACCAUUACCCCUAUUCUAUAAGGUUCACCCUGAACCAUAUCCCCAAGCACCACAUCCAAAUGUUGAACACAUGCAGGGUUGGCGCCUCAGCCACCUCCCUGGGCAGCCCGUUCCAACACCUGACCACUUUCUUGAAAAAAAUGUUCUUAAUGUUCAGCCUAAGCCUACCAAGCCACAGCUGGAGGCUAUGCCCUCUUGUUCUGUCUCAUCUGCCUGUGAGCAGAGACCAGCACCAACCUCUCCACAUCAUCUUUUUAGGUAGCUGUAGACAGUAAUAAGGUCUCCCUUCAGCCUCCUCUUCUUCAAACUAAACAGCCCCAGGUCCUUCAGUUGCUCCUCAUAAGCUUUUAUUCUCCAGGCCCUUCACCAGCUUCAUUAUCCUCUUCUGCACUGGCUCCAGCAGCUCCUUUUUCCUCUUGUGUUGAGAUGCCCAAAACUGAACAUAAUACUCAAGGUGUGGCCUCACCACAGCAGAGUUCAAGUGUUUUCCUAGCCUCUGGUAGUAUCUAGCUGUGCUCCUUCCUUACCAGAAACAUUUUGCACAAGCUUUAAGCUUCUGAAAUAGAUAGAUUAAUACCUUCCUUACUCUGCUUUCAAAACAUGGUUAACUAAAAUUAAAUUUUGUCCUGCUGGCUGCAUCCUUGCUACCUUACUCCUGACACAAUGAAAGGGUCAAGAUGCUGGAUUGUUUAUGCUGUCAUUUUGUCAUAGAUGCAGGGAAUUUCAUGAAAGGACAUGGCAUAGGUUACAGACUCUGUGCUUCCUAUAGUACGAGGCAGUAUUUGAAGUCUGCUCCUAAAAUCAAAAUGCAAAUCAAAUAGCAUUCUUUAUAGGGCAUAGUCCUUUUCCUGUAACCUUAAUUUUCUUGUAAGGGGCCAGUUGCCAGGUUUGUCUCAUCUGCUACCAUCCUGUGUUCACUGUAGGAAGAGUACAAGUCUUGUGAGGAGCAGUUGAGGCAGCUGGGGUUGUUUAGCUUCCAGAAAAGGAGCCUGAGAGGAGACCUCAACUGAUCUCUACAACUACCUGAAAGGAAGUUGUAGCCAGGUUGGAGUUGGUCUCUUCUCCUAGGCAACCAGUGACAGAAUGAGGGGUCACAGCCUCAAGCUGUGUGAGAGGAGGUUUAGGCUGGAUGUUAGGAAAAACUUGUUCGCAGAAAGAGUCAUUUGCCAUUGGAAUGGGCUGCCCAGGGAGAUGGUUGAGUCACCAUCCCUGGAAGUGUUAAAAAAAGACUGGAUGUGGUGCUUAGUGCCAUGGUUUAGUUGAUUAGGUGGUUUUGGGUAACAGGUUGGACUUGAUGAUCUCAAAGGUCUUUUCCAACCUGAUUCUGUGGUAACAGAAACAACAGCAGAAUGAAAGUAGUCACAGACUGUCUUAUAGUAUGUAUUAUCUUUCUGAAAGCAUUCAGAUAGAGGAAUUAAACCUUGUAAAUUACAAUGAAUCCUGAGAAGUGAGAAGGAAUAUGUGAUCCCACCUUUGCAAGGGGAAACUGGGAUGCUCAGAGUUUGUGGUGUGACUUCAAUUUAUUUAGAGUGUGCAUGGAAGAAACUAAAGCAGAACCUCCUUUUACUGGAUGUUGCUUCUGGGAUUACAGUUUGUGAUGUCAUGUUAAGUUGGACUAAGAGCGGUGUAUUAGAAAUACUAAUGCUGAUGGUAGAUUUUGUGAUACAAAUCCUUGUUCGUUAAAACCAGGACAGGUUGCAACCAAUAACCGUUGUCUUGAUCUUCAAACAGCUUUCCUCUUAAGACUUUCUUCUCAAUAGCAAUCUAAAUUAAACAGGCCUUGCAGAAGUACAAAGCUCCUUUACCUUUUUACAGUUUGAAAAUCAAGCUUGAAGCUUUUGUGUGUAUACUGCUAGUGUUGGGACAUGAGAGGAAACAAAGACUUGAAACAGCCAGGAUUAGUUUCACAGCUGAGGCUUAGAAACUGCUAUUUUCUUUCCUCACCAAGAAAAAAGUAUUUUCCUAUUGUAAAACUAGUAUUUUUGUUUCAGCUUAAAGUCCUUGAAGCUCAUUGUGGAAGUAACUACAUUUCUCACUCUGCUUAUAAAUUAAACAUUGACAAACAGUGAAAAUUUUAGAUUAUCUGUUUUGAUUUACUAGAAUGAGUGGAAAUAAUUAAAAGUUUAUCAAGAACAGAA